AGGGUGCUACACUCUCUCUAUUUGUCCUGUUUACCAUGAUCAUCAAAAGUGAAAGUAUAAAAAAAAAAAAAAAAGCUAUUUGGGUUGUCCCCAGAAAAGGCUUAGAGGGAAAAUGUUUCCAAUGGGGACACAAGUUCUGGAGAACUGGGGGUCCCCAGGUACUUUCCUUAAUUUGCAGGGAUUUCCUCACCCUUCCUGUUUGGCUAUGGGACAGGAAGUGAAGGUAAAUACCCCCAAUGGGACACAAAUGGAAAAAAAGAAACUGACAGGGGUUAUAACC